AACGGCGGCGGUGGGGCACGAUGUCGGCCGCCAAUGUGGUCAACGCGAGCAGCGGUGGGCCGCUGCCGGCGGCCAUCCAGCUCAAUCUGACCUACCUGCCGGCGGCCCUCUUCAUCGUGGCCGGCGUGGUGGGCAACGUGCUGGUCUGCCUGGCCAUUUGCCUGGAGAAGUCGUUGCAGGGCGUCACGAACUACUUCCUGCUCUCGCUGGCCGUGGCCGACCUCAUCGUCAGCUGCAUCGUCAUGCCGUUCGGCCUGGUGGCCGGCCUGCUCAACGAGUGGCCGCUGAACGCCGCCUGGUGCAACUUCUACGUCACGUGCGACGUGCUGGCCUGCACGGCGUCCAUCUGGCACAUGAGCUUCAUCUCGCUGGGCCGCUACCUGGGCAUCCGGGACCCGCUCAAGAACCAGCCGCGCAACACCACGCGCCAGGUGGUGACGCGCGUGGUGCUGGUCUGGCUGCUGUCGCUCGGCAUCUCCAGCAUCGUCACCAUCCUCGGCAUCGUCAAUCUGGACAACAUCAUGCCCAGUCCCAAGGUGUGCGCCAUCAACAACCGCAUGUUCUUCGUGCUGGGCAGCUUGCUGGCCUUCUUCAUCCCGAUGAUCAUCAUGGUGAUCACUUACUCGCUGACGACUCUGCUGCUGCGCCGCAAGUGUCGCUCGGGCGCCACGCUGCGCCACCGCCACGUGGGGCGCAGUCUGGCGCGCACAGCGCUCACCGCCGAGAAGAAGGCGUCCAAGGUGCUCGGCCUCGUCUUCCUCGCGUUCGUCGUUUGUUGGGCGCCGUUCUUCACGCUGAACAUCAGCAACGGCAUCUCCAACAGCAUCUACGUCAACCCGUACGUGGAGGCGGUGUUCCUGUGGCUCGGCUACGUCUCCUCCACCAUCAACCCAAUCAUCUACACGAGCGUCAACAAGACGUUCCGCGCGGCGUUCCUGAAGCUGCUGCGCUGCGGCUGCCGACAGUUUCAGCAGGGCCGCCAGUACCGGGCCUACAGCCUCAACGACACGGGCGCCACCACGACGCCGCUCUCGAAGCCGCCGUCGACUCACUUCCGCGCGCCGAGCCUCUCGCAGACGCGCUGCGUCGAGCCGCUGCAGCGGCCUGGGCUCGCCUUUAAGUCACAGUCCAUCUGCUAGUGAGGCGGCUCUGCCGGGCUGCCGUCGCGAGCCUGGUGAUGAUCGGGUGGUGACGCGAGACUGGUGGUGGCCAGCCGUGAACGCGGGGUUGGUGAUGAUCGGGUGGUGACGCGGGACUGGUGAUGACCGCCGUGAACGCGGGGCUGGUGAUGACCGGGUGGUGAGGAUCGGGUGGUGACGCGAGACUGGUGAUGGCCAGUCGUGAACGCGGGGCUGGUGAUGAUCAGGUGGUGACGCGGAAUUAGUGAUGGCCAGCCGUGAACGCGGGACUGGUGAUAAUGAGAUGGUGACACAGGGCUGGUGAUGAUGGGAUGUUGAUGCGGGGCUGGUGUUGAUCAGCUGGUGAUGUGGGGGCGAUGGUGACUGUCGGUGGGCUGGUGAUGACCGUCUGCUGACGUGGGACUGAGGCCAACAUUCCAGUGACGAGUGGCUGACAUUGAUUGGCUCGUGACCGGGCUUGACAGCGAUCAGCUGGUGACGCCAGACUGGUGUUGACAAGUGGUGACAUCGCGUUGGUGAUAGUCUGCCGUUGACGCGGAAUUGGUGUU